AUGGGCCUCCUUGAUCCCUUUACAGACGGCCUUUCGGUUGGUCCUGGCGGCUUCUCCCGCCCGGCCUCUCAUCGCCGCCAGUCCUCCCGCUCUCGACACAAGAAGCGCCGCUCGCGCAGCCGCUCGCGCUCGAGCUCCCGCCACCGCGGCGCAACGUCCAUCGCUGGAUCCUUCUUCGGCGGCCUCGGCGACAGCCAUUACAACAAGCACAAUGCCUCGCGCGGGUCCUUCUUCGGGCUGGGCGACAGCCACUACAGCAAGCACAAUGCUUCGCGAGGCUCCUUCUUUGGGCUUGGCAACUCGAGCCGCUCAAGUUUCUUCGGGCUGGGAGGUCGUUCGUCGUACUAUAAGCGCUCCCCCCGACAGGGCUUCAUGCAGCGGGCCUACAAGCGACUGAAGCGCCUGAUCCGUGAUCUCAUACACUACGCCAAGCGCCAUCCCUGGAAGGUCUUCUUCCUCGUCAUAAUGCCCCUCGUCACGGGCGGCGCCCUGACCGCCCUGCUCGCUCGCUUCGGGCUGCGCAUGCCGCCAUCCCUCGAGCGCAUGCUCGGCGUGGCCUCGCGCGCCGCCUCUGGUGACGGCUUCGGCCUCGUCAGCGACGCCGUCCGCAUGGCUGGCGACUUUGGCUCCGGCGGCGCGCGGGUCGAGCGCGGCCGCGACGGUGGCCUGCAGUGGGAGCGGAGGUCCGUCUACGGACCCGGCCGCCGCGACGACGGCUGGGGAGACAGCAUUAAGGGUGUGGCCAAAAUGUUCAUGUAG